GCGAGAGCGAGCGAAGAUACGAGCCUCGCCUCGCCUCGCGCAAGGCCUCCCUCCCAUUGGCUGCCCUUCCCUUUGUGUGCCAGGCAGCUGCAAGCUCAGCUCCACAUUUGAAUGUAUAUAGGGGAUUGGAAAGGAACCAUUUCCAUGGGCCAUCUGUCUUACUGGAGCCCUCAGCAGCAGCAGCAGCAGCCGCCGCCGCCGCCGCCUCUCCAGAAGCAGCAGCUGCCGCCGCCGCCGCCAGCCCCGCGAGAGCGCCUGCCCCCAUCCAGGCGGACGGCAGCCACCACCACCAAGGGGUAGCGCCGACCGACCAAGGGGACCCCAGCAGCUGGCCAGGAUGGUUUUGGUACACGUCGGCUAUCUUGUUCUUCCAGUGUUUGGCUCUGUGCGAAACAGAGGCGCUCCUUUUCAAAGGUCUCAGCAUCCUCAUGCUACCUCCUGCCGGCACUUCCACCUGGGCCCCCAGCCUCAGAUUUCCACCGACUUCCCCCUGCCGCACGCUGUCCAGCCUCACCUGGCAACCGCCCACCAGCACAGUGGCCCGCUGCACCAGCCCCUGCCGCCUCUGCCUACCCUGCCAUUCCAGGAUGUGACGGGACCCUCUUUCCUACCUCAGGCCCUACACCAGCAAUACCUCCUCCAACAGCAGCUCCUUGAGGCCCAGCACCGCAGACUCAUGCCUCAUCCCAGGCGGACUCAGGAGCGCAUGUCUGUCCAACCUCACCGGUUACAUCCAAGCUUCGACUUUGGCCAUCAACUGCAGACUCCUCAACCCAUGGGACCCCAGCCCAGAUACUUAGCUGAAGGAACAGACUGGGAUCUCAGUGUCGAUGCUGGUCUGACUCACAACCAGUUCCAAGUGAGGCCAGUUCCACAGCAUUAUCAGCAUUAUUUAGCUACACAAAGGAUGCACCAUUUCCCCAGGAGCACAUCCUCAACGCAGAUGGUUGUUCAUGAAAUUAGAAACUACCCCUAUCCUCAGCUUCAGCUACUUGCUCUUCAGGGACUGAAUCCAAACAGACACACAUCCGCUGUCAGGGAGAGUUAUGAAGAGCUGUUGCAACUGGAAGACAGGCUAGGGAGUGUGAACAGAGGGGCCGUGCAGAAUACCAUUGAACGGUUUACCUUCCCACACAAGUACAAGAAGAGGAGACCACAGGAAAGCAAAGCAGGAAAGGAAGAUGCGGAGGAGUCGGACACGGACGAGAAAUGCACAAUCUGUCUCUCGAUGCUUGAAGAUGGCGAGGAUGUGAGGCGUUUACCCUGUAUGCAUCUUUUCCACCAAGUGUGUGUGGAUCAGUGGCUAGCGACCAGCAAGAAAUGCCCCAUCUGCCGAGUGGACAUUGAAACACAACUCGGAUCCGACAGCUGAGAAGAGCCAAUACGGGACACUUCCUCCUUUUUCCGGUCCUUCCUGGGCACCUGGCCCUUGCAGCAAAAUUUUUGCCUUCUGAGCCAUUUGAUUUUUUUUUUUGAAGAAAGCCUGCAAGCACAUCUGCAGAUUAUUCAAAUAAAAUAAAAUAAGGAGAGGAAGAAGAAAAGGAAGAAGAAGAAGAAGAAGAAGAAGAAGAAAACCAUUUGAUGGUUAUAAAGUCUAGAGGUAGGAGGAGAUCCAAGCAGCCCCAUAGGCUGAAAUGCAUGAGAACGAGGCUAGAACGCCCUGCGGGAAGAGUUAGUUGUGAGAAGGAAGGCGCAUAGUGUUCUAGUUAUGGCCUCUCAAUCCUGCUUCUCAAAAGGAUUGUAUAUAUAUACCUCUUGAAUAAGUAGAAACACAUUAGGGGUUCUUUAGCUAUUUCUAUGGAUGGCUUCUGGAGCAUGUGCGCUUAAGAAAUGUUGUCUUUGAUGCUCUGUCAUCUUGUGGUGGAUAUGUUGCUGUUAACCUAAUCUGCACCAAACAAUGCGUUUAGUAUUUUAAAAAUUAUUUUUAUUGUUCCAUAAGGUUCCUUAUUUUGGUGCCUAGCUCAAAACAUUACAAGAAACCAACGAAAAAGCAGAAGAGAGUACAUUCUUCCCUAGCUUUGAAGAAAAGAGAAUCCUGUUUACAUGGAGGGGGGGAAAUGAUACAUUUUUUCCUUUUUCCUUAGCAGCAUUUAUUAAGUUAAACAGGGAAAAGAGUGAAUUGGAGAGAAAUUUGAAGUGGGUGGGGGGUAGAAAGAGCAGGAAGCCGCCUUCUUCCUGCGGAUCUGCUGAUGCUGGACUCAUUAUUUCAGGCACAAACUAGGUUGAAGCCUGCUUCCGUCUCCUGUCUCUAAAGGAUAGAUCUCCAAAAAAACAAAACAAAAAGGCUAGAAAGUGUCUUCACAAGUCACUGUCUCAACUUUCUGGCUCAAAUGCUUCCUUCUGCUUGUAGGAGAGUUGUUAGGCUUAGGAUACU